ACGAGUCACGAGGUUAGAGUGCGUUACCUGACGUCACACGCAAGGGCCCUAUAAAAAACAUAUCGCUCUGUGUGAGUUGUGUCACUCUCAUCAAGGCAUAAAGCGACCUGUUGUAAAGAUGGCUCUGCGCAUCGCUGCCUCGAUUCCGCGAGUUCUCUUGAGGAGGUUCAUUCCAGCUGUAUCUAAGCUAAGAGGCUUUGCCCAAGCUCAGGCUGCAGUAGAUGACAACCCUGAAAUCAAGUACAACCAGGUGUUCAUUAACAACCAGUUUGUAAACUCUGUGAGUGGCAAGACCUUCCAAACAUUCAACCCAUCGACUGGAGAGGUCAUCUGUGAUGUUGCAGAGGGAGACAAGCAUGAUGUUGAUAUAGCAGUGAAGGCUGCUCAGUCUGCAUUUAAGCUUGGUUCUCCCUGGCGCACAAUGGAUGCAUCUGACCGAGGCAGGCUGCUCAACAGACUCGCAGAUCUGAUUGAGAGAGACAAGGCUUAUCUGGCGAGUCUUGAGACUCUGGAUAAUGGCAAGCCAUAUAACGACUCGUUUAAUGUGGACUUGGAGUUCACCAUCAAGUGUUAUCGGUACUAUGCCGGCUGGGCAGACAAGAUCCACGGCAAGACAAUUCCCCUUGAUGGCUCGUUCUUCUGCUACACACGACACGAGCCUGUGGGAGUGGUGGGUCAGGUCAUCCCUUGGAAUUUCCCACUCCUGAUGCAGGCAUGGAAGCUUGGCCCUGCUCUUGCCUGUGGUAACACGGUGGUGAUGAAACCAGCAGAGCAGACACCGCUGACCGCCCUGUAUGUGGCUUCACUCAUCGCUGAGGCUGGAUUCCCUGAGGGUGUGGUCAAUAUCGUACCUGGCUUCGGCCCAACUGCUGGGGGUGCCAUCGCGAGCCACAUGGACGUGGAUAAGAUCGCAUUCACUGGAUCCACAGAGGUUGGUCACAUCAUCCAGCAAUCAGCAGGGGCUAGUAACUUGAAGAAUGUGACGCUUGAGCUGGGAGGCAAAAGCCCCAACAUCGUGCUGGCAGACUCAGAUGUGGACUUUGCUGUCGAUAUGAGCCAUUUCGCUCUCUUCUUUAACCAAGGCCAGUGUUGCUGUGCGGGUAGCAGGACCUUCGUGCAGGAGGGAAUCUAUGAUGAGUUCGUGGAGAAAAGUGUUCAGAGGGCCAAGAACAGAGUCGUGGGGAACCCCUUUGACCUUAAAACUCAGCAGGGACCACAGGUCGAUGGAGAACAGAUGACUAAGAUCCUCAAUCUAAUUGAGUCUGGUCGUAAGGAAGGUGCCAAGCUGGAGGUUGGAGGAGAUCGUGCAGGAGAUAAGGGCUACUUCAUCCAGCCUACAGUAUUUUCUGAUGUCCAGGAUAACAUGCGCAUUGCCCAGGAAGAGAUCUUUGGUCCAGUGAUGCAGAUUUUCCGAUUCAAGGACAUGAAUGACAUUAUCGAGCGAGCAAACAAGACAACUUAUGGUCUUGCGGGAUCUGUCAUGACAAAGAACCUGGAGAAUGCCCUGAUGCUGUCCAAUAGCCUCCGUGUCGGCACUGUAUGGGUGAACUGCUAUGAUGCGCUAUCAGCCCAGGCUCCUUUCGGGGGAUACAAAAUGUCUGGUGUUGGUCGUGAACUGGGUGAAUAUGGAUUGCAGCAGUACUCUGAAGUGAAAACGGUCACCAUAGCAAUCCCACAAAAAAAUACUUGAACCCAGAAA